GUGGCCCGGCUUGCCGCAGUCAUCUCACGAAGAUGGCGGGCAGCGGGAGGCUGGCGCUGCGGGCGUUCUCUGGGUGUGGCUGGGUGCGCGGCUCGGACCCUGCCGUGCUGAGCCGCCUGCGCAGCGAGGCCGUGGUGCUGCCCGGCUUCCUGAGCCAGGCGGAGGAGGACACGCUGACCCGGGAACUGGAGCCCCAACUGAGGCGCCGGCGCUAUGAGUACGACCACUGGGACGCGGCUAUCCACGGCUUCAGGGAGACAGAGAAAUCCCGAUGGUCCGAAGCAAGCCAGGCCAUCCUGCAGCGGGUCCAGGCGGCUGCCUUUGGCCCUGACCAGACCCUGCUAUCCCUGGUCCACGUGUUGGACCUGGAACCUCGAGGCUACAUCAAGCCCCAUGUUGACAGUGUCAAGUUCUGUGGAUCUACCAUCGCCGGUCUUUCGCUGCUGUCCCCAAGCGUUAUGAAGCUGGUGCACACCCAGGAACCUGAGCAGUGGCUGGAACUGUUGCUGGAGCCAGGUUCCCUCUACAUUCUGAGGGGGUCAGCCCGAUACGACUUCUCCCAUGAGAUUCUUCGAGAUGACGAAUCAUUUUUCGGGGAGCGCCGGGUCCCUCGGGGCCGACGCAUCUCAGUGAUUUGCCGCUCCCUCCCUGAGGGGAUGGGGCCAGGAAGGCCAGAGGCGCCACCCCCAGCCUGCUGACCUGUGCGCCUAUUCUCUGGAUAUGUGAAUGAGGUAGGAAAAAAAAAAAAAGAGUAUCAUGGCCACUUUCAUCUACAAGGCUGGGACUCUCAAGAGACGCCGAAGGUGUCAGAACUCACACAGCCUGGUGCUGCCAGGGUGAACUCCAUCACACACACUCCUAAGGCCAUGAGAACAAUUCUUUUAUUGCAAUCACUGCUGAGAGCCAAUCACAAGUCCCUUUGCUUCUUAUCUUUGCCUAUGCAAGUUUCUAAUAAAUGUCACCUGAGCCCA